AUGGAAGUUGUCGAAGAUGAAAAUGAUAAGAAAUCACCAAAACGUGCUAGAAGUCUCCGCCACGCUAGAACUGCCAGUGAUUACCAGUCAAGAAAAGAUUCUGCUUCAAGUUCUAACGGUUUAAAGGCUGUAAACACAGUGACAGGUGCUAUCCAGAAUUUCUUUAAGUGGUCUCCAAUAGCAAAAGAAAAAGGAACUGAAUGUGGUGUCAGAGAGAGGGGAACUGAGAUUAGUGAUCAGAAAAGGGGAGACAAGAUGUUUGCCCAGAGAUUUUGGGGAACUGAGUUUGUAGUGAUCAGAGAGAGGGAGAGAGGGGGAUAUUAUUCAUGUGCUCUACAGAAGGAGAUUCUAGUCCAUGGUAGAAUGUUUGUCACUCAAAACUGGAAUUUUUUUUUCAAAUAUAAUUUUGAUGGGGGAAAAAUUGUAACGAUACCAACAAAAGAAAUAUUGGCAAUUACGAAGGAGAAGACAGCAAGAGUUAUCCCAAAUGCAGUACAGAUCAGCACAGACAAGGAGAAAUAUUUCUUCACAUCUUUUACAGCACGUGACAAAACAUUCAUGAUGCUCUUCAGACUGUGGCAGAAUGCACUUAUGGAACAGCCAAUGGUUCCACAAGAGCUAUGGCACUGGGUACAUAGUUGCUAUGGUGAUGAACUUGGUUUGACCUCUAGUGAUGAUGAUUAUGUCCAACCUCCAAACGUUGGAGAAGGCAAGGACUCCAUUAGUAAAGAUGUCAGCUUCAUUAGUAAGGGCGAUUCCUCAGAGAUGCUCCCAACCUCCAGUUUACAGCAUAAUUUAGAUGAGGAAGGGGACUCAACUCAAGCAGACCUAAGUCUAGAUGACUCAAAUUCUGUCCCUUUAGUUGGCAAGGCUAAGGAGGAUAAAGAUCCCACAGACUUUAGUGACACAACAGAGGAUGAUGUUAGUGAAGGAGAGAUUGUAUGUUCAGAGCAUGACCAUUUCACAAAACUAGCACACAAUGAAGUAUAUUCAAUACCCCUGGAAAAACUCUUUGAACUGUUGUUUACAGACUCAGAGUUCUUCAGGCAUUUUGUAGAAAAGGCUAGAAAAUAUUCAGAUGUUACUGUGACACCUUGGAAAGACGACCCCGAUGCAAAUAUAGGCCGUGUCCGGGAGGUUAAAUAUACAAUACCAAUCAAUGCUCCUUUUGGACCAAAGUCUUCAAACACUGUGGAAAAACAUAUGUGUUAUAAAAGUAGUCAGCCUGGUGUAAUGUACUUAAUUGAUGCGGAGUGUACACCAUUAGGAAUUCCAUAUGCAGACGCCUUUUAUGUUAUAAAUAGAUACUGUUUGACUCGUGUUAGUAAAGAGAAGUGUAGACUUCGAGUGACAAGUGAAGUCAAAUUCAGGAAAUCGGUGUGGGGAGUCGUGAAAAAUAUGAUUGAGCGGAACAGUGUACAAGGCGUUCUUGAUUACUUCCAGUGUCUAGGUAUUCAUUUACGAAAAGAGUCGGAGAAACAACAGAGUAUACCACGAUUACCUUCUGCCUCAAAAAGAAAAUUACGUAAACGUCGUACUCAUGGAAUUCGAAGUGCCAACUCAGUUGUUGAUCAUCAGUCAACAGUUAGACAACUGUCAAGAUCUCAUCAGAAGUCGGAGAAGCUUAUUGCUCCACCUACUCCUGUUAGAAAUGCCAUAGCAGCCCAGAAAGAGGAGAAGUUGCUGCGAAUGAAUGCUGAUACGCUGGUUAGAAUCAUCUGCUUUAUCUUAAUUCUCCUGGUCAUGUUCAAUGCCUUACUGUUCUACAAACUCUGGUCACUGGAGACUAUUGCCAAUGUCCUCUACCUGCCUAACUCACAAGAUGCUGUCCAUAGUUUUGCCAAACAUCCUCCAAAAUCACAUGACGAGUGGGUGGAGUUAUUGCGGCAUCAACAGCUGCUACAUGACGCUGAGAUGGGCAAGUGGCGAGACCUGCUUGGUGCCUCUAUAUCUAUGGUUGAUCAAAUGAAACAGACUUUAAUAAAUUUAAAAGAUCACAUAGAUACUAGAGCUGGUAGGUAUAAUGCUGAGCAAAACUGUGAUACGGGAAAAGAUUGUGAAGACUUCAAGGAACCCAAUUCCUAGCAGAACCCCUUGAGAUGUUACCGGCAUGCUGAACAAGGCUGUGAUCCAGUGAGAACCAUGUGCAAUAGAUCUACAGAGAUCUUACAGGUUCGAACUCUACAAAUGCCACACAGAACAAAGUUAUGAUCAAAAUUGAAAACUGUGCAAUCAGUUUAGUAGUGCUGCAAGGUGCUUCAGUUAUGUAGUAGAUUGGGAGAACCUUUCGCCUGUCAAAUGUGUGAUCAACAGACAUUAUCUUGCUGGUCAAAAAGUGUGAUCAUCAGGCAUAACUGCAAAAGUGUGAUUUUCAGACGUAAGCUGGUCAGACUGUUUGACCAUCAGAUAAUAUCUUGCUGCUUGGAAAUGUGAUCAUUAGACAUCAUCACAAAAGUGAUCACUGAACAUUAUCACAGAAGUGAUCACUGAACAUUAUCAUGAAUGUGAUCAAUGAACAUUAUCUUAAAAGUGUGGUCACUAGACAUCAUCUCAAAAGUGAUCUUUAGACAUCAUCACAAAAGUGUGAUCACUAGACAUCAUCUCAAAAGUGAUCUUUAGACAUCAUCACAAAAGUGUGAUCACUAGACAUCAUCUCAGAAGUGAUCUUUAGACAUCAUCACAAAAGUGUGAUCACUAGAUGUCAUCACAAAAGAGUGGUCACCAGAUAUUAUCUUGGGCGCUAAAAGUGUGAUCUUCAGAUAUAAUCUUGCUGGUCAGAUAAAUGUAGAAAUAAAGUAGAAAUAUUCAUGGUAUGACCUAGACUCCAUAGAGUUAGAUAAGUAGUUGUCAAAAAGGGUUAUAUACUGUUGUUUGAAACUGCAAUUUGCAGUCAAAACUUUAUCUGUUAAAAAUUCAUUUGAGUUGUUGGUUGAAGAUUUUACAUUAUGUGCAUUUUUUUCAUGCCCAACAGAUCUUGCUGUUUUUCUGUUAUAUUUGAGGCCUGAGCUUUCUGGAGUUAUUUGUGUUUUAUGUACACAUAAACAACACUUUACAUAUUUGUAACAGCACUUCAUUUCAGAAUGCACAGCUGUAGUUUUUAACAACCCUUUCCUUAAUCAUAAACGUGUAAAAAGUUUUCAGUGUGAUAUUUCAUUUCCACAUUUCAUUGAAUUUUAAAUGUAAUCUUCUCAGAAAACUAAGAGCUUUUAAGUGGGUCUCAUUUUUUAUUUAAAAAAGUGCAAAAGUUGGCAAAACUAAGUGUGUUUUAUGUUGAGAGAUCGAGCUUCAAAAAAAAGUUCUCAGUAUUAAAUUUGUAAUUAGUUGAAUGUAAACACAUUCCCUAGAUAUUUGAAAUUAAAAUUCUGCCAUGAAUGCAUGAAUACAACUAAGAAGUCUAAUAUGAAACUGAGGCCUAGUACUCUGUUACGUGUGCAGUUGAAUCUUCCUUAGAGACCAUCUGUAUUUAACAGCCACUUGUCUUAAACAAUCAAUCAGGUAACUUAAAGAAUUGACAUUUGAGCCGUGCCAUGAGAAAAUCAACAU